AUGGUGCAGAAGUACCAGUCUCCUGUCCGCAUCUACAAGUACCCAUUUGAGCUGGUCAUGGCGGCCUACGAGAAGCGCUUCCCCACCUGCCCGCAGAUCCCCGUCUUCCUGGGCAGCGAGGUCCUGGGCGAGUCCCGCAGCGCCGACGGCGCGGUGCACGUGGUGGAGCGGAGCUGCCGGCUGCGCGUGGAGGCCCCGCGGCUGCUGCGGAAGGUCCACCCUGAGAAUGAAGAAUGGACUUGCUUUGAGCAAUCUGCCUCGCUCGACAUCCGGUCCUUCUUUGGCUUUGAAAGUGCCUUGGAGAAGAUUGCCAUGAAGCAGUACACAGCGAACGUCAACAGGGGGAAGGAGGUUAUCGAGCAUUACCUGACCGAGCUCAUCUCUCAGGGCAUCUCUCACAUUCCCCGGUGGACGCCCGCCCCAGUCCCAGAGGAGGGCGCUGGCUCCCAGGCUGGGCCCGGAGAUCCCUGCUUGCUGGAGGCCCUUGGGCCCAGGAGCACCCAGGGCCCCGCUCCGGAGGUGGUUGGUACCGACGGGGACAAGCUGGACGCAGACUACAUUGAGAGGUGCCUGGGCCACCUGACGCCCAUGCAGGAGAGCUGCCUGAUUCAGCUUCGGCGCUGGCUGCAGGAGACACACAAAGGCAAGAUUCCCAAAGAUCAGCACAUCCUUCGGUUCCUGCGGGCUCGUGACUUCCACCUGGACAAGGCCCGGGAAAUGCUGUGCCAGUCCCUGAGCUGGCGAAAGCAGCACCAGGUGGACCUCCUCCUUCAGACCUGGCAGCCCCCUGCCCUCCUGGAGGAGUUCUAUGCGGGGGGCUGGCACUACCAGGACAUAGAUGGCCGCCCCCUGUACGUCCUGCGCCUGGGCCACAUGGACACCAAGGGCUUGAUGAAGGCCGUGGGGGAGGAGGCGCUGCUGCAGCAUGUUCUUUCCGUCAACGAGGAAGGACAGAAGAGGUGUGAAGGGAACACCAGGCAGUUUGGCCGUCCCAUCAGCUCCUGGACCUGCCUGGUGGACCUGGAAGGGCUCAACAUGCGGCACCUGUGGCGGCCGGGGGUGAAGGCCCUCCUGCGGAUGAUCGAGGUGGUCGAGGACAACUACCCGGAGACGCUGGGCCGGCUGCUCAUCGUGCGCGCGCCCCGAGUCUUCCCUGUGCUCUGGACGCUGAUCAGCCCCUUCAUCAAUGAGAACACCAGGCAGAAGUUCCUCAUCUACAGUGGCAGCAACUACCAGGGGCCUGGAGGCCUCGUGGACUACCUGGAUAGAGAACUGAUCCCCGACUUCCUCGGGGGAGAGUGCAUGUGUAAUGUCCCUGAAGGAGGGCUGGUCCCCAAGUCCCUCUAUCUGACAGAAGAGGAACAGGAGCACGCAGAUCAGCUGCACCAGUGGAGAGAGACCUACCAGUCGGCCAGCGUGUUCCGCGGGACCCCCCAUGAGGUUGUGGUAGAGAUUCAGGAGGCGGAGUCAGUCAUCACCUGGGACUUCGACAUCCUGCGAGGGGACGUGGUGUUCAGCCUGUACUACGCCAAGCAGGCACCCAAGCCGGGCCCCUGUGAGCCCGGGCCCAGGACCAGCGGGCAGCUGAUGGACAGAAGGGGGGCCCUGGGCUCAGACUACAGCUGCGUGGAGGCCCCCCUCGUCUGCCGGGAAGGGGAGAGCAUCCAGGGCUCCCAUGUGACCCGGUGGCCAGGCAUCUACCUGCUCCAGUGGCAAAUGCAUGGUCCCCCUGGCAAUGUAGUGGAGGACGUCCUGACGGCUCUGCACAGCCCUGGCCCCAGGUGCAAACUCCUGUACUACUAUGAGGUGCUGGCGUCUGAGGACUUCAGGGGCUCCAUGUCCAGCCUGGAAUCCUGCACCAGCCGUUUCUCCCACCUCAGCGCCGCCACCUCCUCCUCCGGCCAGUCCCACAGCAGCUCCCUGGUCUCCAGAUAG